UCUUCUCCGGCAGCCGUCCGAGCAUGGUUCCACUCCGCCGGACGGACGGCUUCUUCUUCUUCUUCACCGAGCAACGAGGAGGAGAGGAAAACCGAAAAACAACCAGACGAAAGGAGGAGCGAGGGAGGCGAGCCUCCCUUGCCGUCGUUGGUUCGGGGGUACCUGCGUACCGAAGACACGCUGCCAGUCGCGAGGCGGUCGACGUGCUUCGCUCGUCCGCGGCAGGCUUCGCCGUCCGGGCUGGCCAUGCCUGCUUCCAGCGUGCCUUCUGCUCGGCUCGUGCUCGUCAUAUGCCCCCUUCAUUCCGGGCGACGCUAUAAUUGUUCUUGACUCCCGGCCGGAUACGAGGAGCAUCGGCGCGUUCUUGCGGAUACCCAACCACCAGGAAUGUGUGUCCAGUGUUCUUCCCGAGGCGGUGCGCGAUAAUCCGGGGGCUCAAGAGUGCGCGAGGUUCGAGAUCUCGUAUAAGCUCGUGCGCGAUCUUCGGGAUCUGGCGGUAGUGUUGUGUGCGGUCGUUUCGUGAGUGUCGACUCCUUCGUGGCGGUGCCGCGUGGAUUUUCAAGGCCGACCCUGCGGAGAGGAAAGAAUCGCAGCGUGCUUCUGUGUUUGUGUCCUCGUUACCUUUGAUUCGGUGGCACUGGGCGCGCGCCGUGAAUAGAGCCGACGACUGUGCCUUUUGUGCGACGACUCCGUGAUUCUAUUCCCUCCUCCACGGCGCGUUACAGCGCCCCGGAUUCUCUCUUUUGUGGAUGUAGGCAUGUGAACAGACGCAGGAGCCAGUCUGGUCAUGCGGGAGGCUUGCCGCGAUGGCGGACCUCCUUCGUCGGCCUCCUGCUCCAGAGUCCGGAACCUCAGGCAGCGCGCGGGGCUCGCGGUGCCGCUGGCAGUGCGUGCCACCGUUUCUGGGCAGCAGUGAAGCACGGGGUCCAAACUCUCGCGCCCUUGCUUUGACGUGGUGGAGCUGCCGGAGGAGGUGGAAAUGGCGGGUCCGGACCAUGUCCCGACCCUGGCGGAGAGGCUGUACCAGGCAGCCGUGGCGGGACAGACGGACACCGUGGUCGAGCUGUGCCGGAUUGGAGCCAGGAUUGAGGCAGACGCGGAGGGUCGCACGGCUCUGCACAUGGCCGCUGCCAACGGGUACGUGGACACCGCCCGAGCUCUCAUCCUAGCCGGAGCCAAGGUCAACGCCCUGGAUGCUUGUGGUUACUCUCCGCUGCACCAGGCCGCGACCGAAGGUCACGAGGAAGUGGUGCGGCUACUCGUCAAGCACAACUGCCUCGUCGACGUUCAAGACGAAAUGCAUGGUAACACGGCUCUGCACGAGGCAGCUUGGAAAGGUUACAGUCGGACAAUUGAAGUUCUCUGCAAGAACAAGGCAAACGUGUACAUAAAAAACAAGGGCGGCUUCUCACCAUUGCAUCUAGCGUGCCAGAACGGUCACAACCAGAGCACGAGGGUUCUUUUGCUGGCUGGCUGCAAACCGGACAUCAAGAACAACUACGGCGACACCCCACUGCACACGGCUUCCCGCUACGGUCACGCCGGCGUGCUUCGGAUACUCAUCAGCGCGUUCUGCAACGCCAGCGAAGUGAACAAGAAUGGAGACAGCGGCCUACACAUCACGGCAGCAAUGGGCCGUCGGAAAUUAACGAGGAUACUACUGGAAGCCGGCUGUGACCCAACCAUUGUGAACAAGCAAGGGGAGACGGCGCUGGACAUCGCCCGGCGCAAGGAGUUCAACGAGGUGGCCGACCUGAUCGAGCAUCCGCCGCCGCAAGUGAUCCAGCUGGACUCGUCCUCCUCGCCGCUCGAGCAGCAGAGGCCCGGCGAAGGGGGCAAGAAACGCGAAAAGGAGAGCGGCACCUCGCAGGGCAGCAAGGACAGCGAGCACAACAAGGGUCGCACCAAAGACAAGCACAAGAAGAGCAAGCAUGGCCACAAGGUGCAUUUCGACGACGAGAAGAAGGACAAGAAAGGAAAGCUGAGUCCUUACGGCUGUCACCAGACGCCCAACCUGAGUGCCUUCCCCUCGCCCAAGCUGGAGACACUGCCCGCCGAGCCUUUGGGCAAGGGGGAGCAGUACUUCCUCGACCUGGCCGGAAACAUUCGCAAGGGCCCCGUCGGGAAAGGCUACACGUGCUACUGCGCGCCCUUCUUCCACAACGUGGAGAAGAAGCUCGAGGCGGACAAGCAGGAGCUGAUCGACCACAUCGACCACGCGCACGAGGACCUGAACGCCAAGAUCGCGCACCUGGAGCGCAAGACGCGCAACCAGCUCUUCAACCUGAACCAGUCGGUGCGCGAGAAGCUGGCCGCCGAGAAGACCGAGUGCCAGGAGCGCGUGGAGCGGGCCGCCCAGCGCGAGCGCCUCGACCGGGAGCGGAGGCAGGAGACGCAGCACGCCGAGCUCCGCAGCGAGCUCCAGAGCUACGUGCGCGAGCGCGUGGCGCAGGUCGACUACCGCUGCAGCCCGCUGGGCCAGAGCGCCGACUGCAAGAACAGGUUCAGCGAAGUGCCGCCCCAUUGGUCGAGGAGGGCUAGGCUGCUGAACGGCUUCUACGCCAACGGAGUCGCCAGGGCCAAGUCGGAGGAAGUCCUGCGAGACUUCAACGGCGCAGACGGCAUCGACGAAGAGGAACUGGCCGAUGCGACCAACGACCGAACCGUCAACGGGCGCGUGCCCCCGACGCAGGCUCCGCCACCGUCGGGGCUCUUCGGCAACGAAGUGGGUCUGCCGCCGCCCCCCGCGCACCUUGCGAACAGGGUGGCAUGCGGGACACGGCCGGACUUCGAGAAACUCGGGGCGAAGCCCAAGUACCCGCUGUGGGACCACGCGGGAGCAGAGAGAACGAGUCCCUCGGCGCUGCUCGCCCACCAUCAGCAACAGCAGCAGCCGUCCCCGACCGCAGAAAGCAGAGGAGAACACGGGAUCCGUCGAAGUCCGGCGGACCAGGCAUCUCCGGGAACGGUGAGGCAUUUCAAGAGCCACGGAGACCUCACGGCGACCUACAAGAAGGAAGACUACCAGGACGAAGAGAAGGAGAAGGAAGAGGUCAGCAGCCCGAACCAUUCGCCGUCUCCGCCCGCCACGACCAACGGAACUCCGUGCGGGGAGGGUCUGCGGCCGUCGCCCUCGCCGGCUACCAACGGUGACUCGCCGCCGACAGCGCACACGACAGCUCAGGCGACAACGCCGACAACGACGACACCGCCGCCGACGCACCCGAAACCCGCCAAGCCGCCGCUGAUGCCGCGACCCACGCAGCCCCCUCCUUACUCGAGCCACGUGCAUCGCUUUUCGGCGGCGCCGAGCAGUCAAGCGAGGCCGCUGCGAGUGUCGUACGGGCCAUCGCCCAGCGAACUGGCGGCGGCCGACGCGCUGUCGGGCUAUUACAACGGCGGCGCCGCAUACGCGAACGCCAACGGUGGUGCGGUCGAGGACCAGCUCUGCAAACUGAACGAGGGCCUCUCGUUGGACCCCGAGGGCGGAUGUCCCUCCAGUGAAGUGUGAAAGCGGGCCCCUCCCCUCGUCUCCUAAUGAAAAACACACACAUUCCGCACAGUGAGAGUGUCACACGCCCCACGACGCGAGGAAAAGAACUCACGAACCGUGGGCGAACUUAAAUUCCUGUGUUUUUUAUUUAUGCCAUCACAUUUUUUUUUAUCUCUCAGUGAGCGAAGUGCUGGAACUGGAAUAGCCUGUCGCUCGAAGUGGACCUGCGUGCCGUGAUGCCAUCGUUGAAGUGAUCAUGCCGUGAGAGGAAGCGAAUGCAGAGCAUUUCUUAAUAUUUGCGCGUCAGACCUCUCACUAGAUUUUCUUUCUUUCAGUACAGAGAUAGUUUAAAAACAUGUUUUCAUUCAUAACAACAAUGGGUGUAUAUUAAACAAAUAAGACGAUUACUGUCAUACGUACGCAGCGCUUAACAUAGUGUGAGGACAGCACUUUUUCAUAUGCGACUAGGCGUAGGUUACCUGUGCAUCUCGCGAAAUAUUCGAUUCGUACAAACAUGGGUGUGUCAGGCAGGAAAUGCCAGGCUCUACUAUAAACUGACGGUACAGUGCAAUGUAAAACAACAUUUAAUGCAAACAUGAAAUGCACUCACAUUGUUUCACAUUGUGUCACAUUGUGUCACAUUGUACUUAAGUGGAAGAAGAACGAAUGGUGGGCUUAAUACCAUGAUACAGAAGAACUAAGCGCUCCAUUUUUUUUUCAGUAUAGUAGCUUACUAUUUAAACAGGUGAAAUGAAAUACCGCAAUGGGCUCUAAAGUUAAAAUUCACACUUAGUUUCAUCACGUACAUCGCCAUCGUAUCCACUAACCGCUGACUUCUCGUACUAAACUUCGGAGGCCAAGCAUGACAUCGGGAAGCCCGAAAUUGCAUUUCUCUUUAAUAUAUUUCAUCAAAUCAUUCAAGACAGCUUGAAGAACAAACGUAUUCGUAACGUAAUUUAAUGCCAUCCAAGCGAAGUGCUGAUUCUUGUGAACUCUAGAGCAGCGAGCAGUGAACUAACAAAAUGGAUUCAGAAAAGUUAAUCAUCCAUAGGCAAAAUGAGUGCUGCUUUCUCUACUCGGUACAGAUUGCUCCUGAAUGCUAUAUUUGAUAUAAAUUCAACUGGACAAAUUAUUGGAACCACAUUUUAAGUCAAGUAACCCAUUCCCUCUGUCCCUUGACAGCCUUACUUUAAACUGCGUGAGUGACACCUUGACUUCAGAUCCUUCUUUCGCGAUGCAGCUCUUCCAUCGAGAAAAGCUGAACUUCGCAAGUGCUGAAAAAAGUGAAAGGAUGACAACUUCAGUGAAGUCCUUGAGCGGGACAUCAUCUUGAAGUCGUCAGGGCAACUCGUGCGCUUUCUAUUAGGCCGUUCCGUAGUGUCGUGAUAUUUUCAAGUACUUUGUCCGUAUCCUAUCAGGUCAGACACUUCUUUUCACGCUGUUAGAGAGAGCAAGAAAAUGCGUAUCAUUGACGAGCUGUCGGCCUUUGUGUUGUCAUUCGCGCCAUUCAAAGCUGUCUGAAUGUGUAAAAUGCAGCGUUUUGUCAUUGUUUUCAAUCAACUCUGACAUCUGACACACACAAUAACAAAAAAGUCGCUACACGUGUUCUAUAGUGCCUACAACAUUUUCAUUCAAUUCCAUGAAGUCUGCGUACUCUGAAGGGUGCCAGAAAACUGCAACAGGGACAGUGUGUGCUCUCUAUUUCAUCUGUGUUGAAACGGACUGACGCGCAAGGAAUCGCAUGUUCAUAUCAGUAGAUGUGUACAGUUUCUUUACAAAACAUCUAAUAAAAGCCAUAACAUAUUUACGUG